AUGCGCCCCGCGCCGCACCUGCUCCUGACCGCGAUCAUGAUCUGUGCGCCCGGGCUCAGCAGAGACACUUUCCCCGGGAACAUCCACAUCGGCGGGUUGUUUCCCUCUGGUUCUCAUGAGUAUGAAGUUUUCCGGUUCGUUCUUUCUCAGCAGCAGGAUGUUCCUAAACUCCUGCCUCAGGUCGAUCUGGUCGACACGAGCAACAGCUUCAGUAUGACCUACGCCUUCUGUUCUCAGUUCUCCAAAGGCGUGUACGCGAUCCUUGGCGUGUACGACCGCCGCACGGUGAACAUGCUCAUGUCGUUCUGCGGCUCUCUUCACGUUUGCUUCAUCACUCCAUCUUUCCCCGUCCAAUCCAACAACCAGUUCCUCCUGCAGCUCCGCCCCCCUCUGCAGGAGCCGCUCAUGGCGCUCGUGCGGCACUUCGACUGGAACCGCUUUGUCUACAUGUACAGCCCCGACACCGGCGUGGCGGUUCUCCAGAGGAUCCUGGACACGGCGGCCGAGCUCAGUUGGCAGGUGACCUCAGUGAACGUGGAGACGCUCACGGAGACGGCGUUUCUCAAACUUCUGGCUCAUCUCGACUUUAAGAAGGAGUUUCAGAUCAUCAUCGACUGUGAGCUGGACAAGAUGAACUACCUCCUCAACCUGAUGGCGCAGCAGAAGAGGAACCUGAAGAACUACCACUACAUCCUGGUCAAUCAGGGUUUCAUGGAUCUAAACAUCACAGAAUUUCAAAAACUGGCUCCAAACGUGACGGGAUUCCAACUGGUGAACCACAGCGACCCCAACGUGGAGCGAGUCAACCAGGAGUGGGAGGUGUUCGACUCCAAAGACGCCCGAGGGAGGAGAGGGAGGAUCAAGUACACUGGCGCUCUGACGUACGACGCCGUAGGUGUCAUGGCCGCCGCGUUCCAGUAUCUUCGCAAACAGCGGAUCGACAUCUCUCGCCGCGGGAACGCCGGAGAGUGCCUCGCCAACCCGCCGUCGCCGUGGGGACAGGGCAUCGACAUCCAGAGGGCGCUACAGCAGGUGCAGAUGGAGGGUCUGUCGGGGCACAUCCAGUUCGACGAGCGUGGGCACAGAACAAACUACAGCCUGAGUGUGAUGGAGCUGAGCCACGUGGGGCCCAGGAAGAUCGGCUACUGGGACGCUCAGAAGGGCUACGUGAACACGGCUAACUACCGGUCCGUGGUGGACGACUACUUCUACGGCCUGCCCAACCGCACCUACGUCGUGACCACGAUUCUGGAGGCUCCGUACAUGAUGUUGAAGAAGAACCAUGAGCAGUUUGUGGGGAACGACCGGUACGAGGGAUACUGCGCCGAGCUGGCGGCGGAAAUCGCCAAACACGUGGGAUUCUCAUAUCGUCUGGAGCUGGUCGGAGACGGGAAGUACGGAGCCCGGGACGCCGAGUCCAAGAUGUGGAACGGCAUGGUGGGAGAGCUGGUGUACGGGCAGGCGGACGUGGCGGUGGCUCCUCUGACCAUCACGCUGGUUCGGGAGCAGGUCAUCGACUUCUCCAAACCCUUCAUGUCUCUGGGAAUCUCCAUCAUGAUCAAAAAACCCACCAAGUCCAAACCCGGCGUGUUCUCCUUCCUCGACCCGCUCGCCUACGAGAUCUGGAUGUGCAUCGUGUUCGCCUACAUCGGAGUCAGCGUCGUGCUCUUCCUGGUGAGCCGCUUCAGCCCGUACGAGUGGAAGGGGGAGGAGUCUGAGGAGGAGGAGGAGGGGCCGGACUGCGGGGCCAGGAGAACUCCGCCCAAAGAAAACCAAAACAGCUCCUCUGACCCAGACCAGAGUCCAGGUAGGGCAUCUGACACACAGGGAGGGCAUCUGACACACAGGGAGGAGAAGGAGGAGCCAGAGUACACCAACGACUUUGGGAUCUUUAACUCUCUGUGGUUUUCUCUGGGAGCGUUUAUGCAGCAAGGAUGUGACAUCUCACCAAGGUCUCUGUCCGGGCGCAUUGUGGGCGGAGUCUGGUGGUUCUUCACGCUCAUCAUCAUCUCCUCGUACACGGCGAACCUGGCGGCCUUCCUGACCGUGGAGCGCAUGGUGUCUCCCAUCGAGAGCGCCGAGGAUCUCGCCAAACAGACGGAGAUCGCCUACGGAACGCUGGACGGAGGUUCCACCAAAGAGUUCUUCAGGAGGUCAAAGAUCGCGGUCUUUGAGAAGAUGUGGUCGUACAUGCGGAGCGCCGAGCCGACCGUGUUUGUGAAAAACACAAACGAAGGAGUGAUCCGAGUCCGGAAGUCCAAAGGAAAGUACGCCUACCUCCUGGAGUCCGCCAUGAACGAGUACAUCGAGCAGAGGAAGCCCUGCGACACCAUGAAAGUGGGCGGGAACCUGGACUCCAAAGGCUACGGGGUGGCCACGCCCAAGGGCUCCCCCCUCAGAAACCCAGUAAACUUGGCAGUGUUAAAACUGAACGAGCAGGGGCUGUUGGACAAACUUAAAAACAGAUGGUGGUAUGACAAAGGCGAGUGCGGCGUCGGGGGAGGGGACGCCAAGGUCAGCACCGCGACUGACCACUGCGAAUCCCGGUAAACCUGGCCGUGCUAAAGCUGAACGAGCAGGCGGU